AAUGGGCGCUUCCGCUGGCGGGUGGUAUAAGAGCGCGUGUCGGGCGGGCCUCGCCCUCUCGCUCUUUCCAGCAGAUUUUUAUCGGCUCCCACUCAACGGCUUGUGGAGAAAAUGGCGGAAAUGUCCGGGAGAAUUAAUGAAGCACAAGAUGGUGAUGCUGGUCAAGAACUGGAGAACCAGUCCUCUGCAGCACCCUCAAUGAAUCGAAGAUAUGUUUUACCAAGUGGAAGAAUCAUGCCAAACACUAUUUUUGUUGGUGGAAUUGAUUUUGAGAUGAGUGAAGAUGAAAUGCGGGGUUUCUUUGCAAGAUAUGGUGCUGUGAAGCAAGUUAAAAUAAUCAGUGAUGGAGGUGGUGUUUCCAGAGGAUAUGGCUUUGUGUCAUUCCAUAACGAUGUUGACAUUCAGAAGAUUAUUUCUGAAUCCCAAAUCAACUUCAAAGGCAAGAAAUUGAAGAUUGGACCAGCAAUCAGGAAGCAGCAGGAUUCAUAUCCAAUUCAGUUAGUUCAAGCCAGGCCAGCUCCCCUGAUUGCAUCACCAACCUCUUGCAUGUACCAAAAUACGGAUGCAUGCUAUCAGUCACCUGGAUUUCCUGGAUCUGCCUCGCCGUAUGUACAGACAUACUCAUACCCUAGCCCUCCAGCUGCAGCAGUACCACAAGUCCAAAUGGGUUAUCAGUAUCCUGCUUAUGCUUACCAGGUGCCACCCCAAUGGCCUCCAGGAAGUCAGUGGAGAUGGAUGAUACCUCAGACUACCUCAGCAACCUAUAUGAAUUUUCCAUACCCUGAAAUGAUCAAUCCAGGACCUGUAGUUGUUCAAAGAGAAUGUGAAGCACAGCAGGCUCCGUCUUCAGCUUUAGAUCCUGUGGAAAAGGAGAAAAGAGUACACAGAUUUACAGUCUAGAAGAGGUAAACCACCUACAUCUGAAGUGAAGUAACUGGUCCUGGCUACAGUAAGGAUGAAACAACUUGAUCUUUAAGUCUCAAAUGUGAUUUUCACUAAUCUGUACUGUUGAUCCAAAAAAUUGAGAAGCAUUAUUACGUUGGUCUUGUCAGGCACCACUUUUUAUCAUGUAACACUUAAAUCAGUUUACCUACUGGAAGCACUGAAUUGUGUGUUCCUUUGUCACAUUCCAGUUGAAUCACUCUUGUAUCUACAGCCACGUUUCGUAGUAAGUACCAUAGACCCACCUCUUAUUGCUCGGAGGCACCACACAAUCUCUAACGUACAGAUUUAUGGAUGGUGGAUGAGUCUUUAAGGCUGUAAUUUUAAGUUCAGAUGAUUGGCCAUAAAGCCAAAGGACAAUUUGUCCACUAGAUUAAAUUGCAUCCUUACUGCUGUCUACCAUUGUUUUUUUAAUGUAAUGUAAUCUGAAUAAAACUAGAAUGCUAAUAACAGGUGACAUUACACUGAUUCAAUGCCCUAAUUCACAGGAGGGUAUAAUAAGGGAAUUUUUGCAGUUCUGAACCUAAAUUAUAAGGGAUCCAACUAUACAUUUUGUUUUUUAUGACUCCUAGACCAAUCAAGAACCCAUUAUAAACACUCCCUUCCAAAUUGCUAUUUUGCAGUUCCAAAUAGCAAUAUGCAGGGUUGUCUAUUUGCUGACGAAGCAAUAUUUUUAUUUUAAAAUUCAUGUCUACCAACAGAAUAAUUUAAAUAAAGAUUCAAAUAAAUGCACAUUUUAU